AUGCUCUUCUUGCUCUCAUGGCCUCUCCUGUCUCUGCUGGGGUACCUGUAUCCAGCAUACGCAACGUACAAGACGGUAGAGCGACGCUCUUCUGAACCGGAUGAUUUCCGCUUCUGGUGCAAGUACUGGGUGAUUAUGGCUGCAUUCCACGUCUUGGAGAGCUGUCUUUUCUUUGGCCUCAUCACCUGGCUUCCGUUCUAUGACGUCUUCAAAGUCCUCUUCUGCGUAUACCUCUGGCAUCCGCGAACUCAGGGCACACUGCUGAUCUACCACCGUGCCAUCGUACCUGCUUUGUCGCGCCACGAGCAAGAGAUUGACCGCAGGAUCGCGGAGGUGCAGACACGUGGAAUGGAUCUGGCCGUUGAGUACUCUCGCAUUCUCGCAUCUAAGAUCAUGUCUCUUGCCAAGGCGGGCGCUGAGGCUGCCCCUAAAGUCUACGAACGUUACCAGCCGUCCCUCCUUCCCUGUCCCUCACGGCCUCCCAUCACCCAUAUCACAGCGCGUUUUCCACAUCGGUCCGGCGGCUCACGUUAUGGAGGCGAUUACAGGGGAGGUGACUAUAGGGGAGGCGACUACAGGGGAGGUGGAGGCGGCUACCAGACUUCCGCUCGGCUUUACGUUGGUCGUCUCUCCACGCGGACUCGCACUCGAGAUCUCGAGUCGCUUUUCGGGAAAUACGGAAGGAUUCGUGACGUGGACAUGAAGCGUGACUAUGCGUUCAUUGAAUUCAGCGACUCGAGGGAUGCUGAAGAUGCCGCCCAUUAUCUGAACGGCAAGGACGUGGACGGCAGCCACAUCAUCGUGGAGUUCACCCGCAGGGGUCCGCGUGGGCAGGGCUUUGGGGGUCCGCCGGGGCCGCGCAUGGGGGGGAUGGGCAUCACGCAGGGGCGCUGCUACAACUGCGGCAAGGACGGCCACUGGGCGCGCGACUGCCGCAACGGCGAUUGGGGCGGCAAGUGCUACCGGUGCGGCGAGCGCGGGCACAUUGAGAGGGACUGUAGGAACAGCCCGGCUCAGAGGUAUCGGUCUCGCAGCCGCAGCCGCUCCCGCAGCCCUCGCCGUGGGCGUGACCGGCGCAGCCGCAGCAACAGCAAGGACAGGGACGAGCGCAGCAAGAGCCGCAGCCGGAGCAGGAGCCGCAGCCGCAGCAACGACCGCGCCAAGGACCGCAGCAGGAGCAGGAGCAACGAGCGCGGGAAGGAUCGGGAGAAUGGGAAGAAGGCCGGAAGCCGCAGCCCCUCGCGCAGCCGCAGCCGCAGCAGGAGCGCGAGCAAGGAGGGGAGGAACAGCCGGAGCCCCAGUGCAGAGAAGAAGGAAGAGAAGAGUCCUAGGCGGAGCAGGAGUGCGAGUAAGGAGAGGAGCAAGAGCAGGAGUAAGAGCCCUGCCAGGAGGAGUGCUAGCCCUGCCAGGAGGAGUGCUAGUCCUGCCAGGAGGAGUGCUAGUCCUGCCAGGAGUGCUAGCCCUCAUGAUGGUGGGUCACCUAAGAGGUCUCCGAUGCAGGAUGCAGAUGGGGGAGGGAGCCCCGAGAGGAAGGGAGAUGAUGCAGGAAAGGAUGGGGAUGAGUAG